AUGAAUUUUUCACAGGUUAAAAUGCUACUAACAUUAUUUAUCCUGUCAUCAAUAGUCCAAAUUUUAAAUUCAGAAUACAUCCCUCCUGGACCGAAAUAUACAUGUCCGAAAGAGACAGAAAAGCACUUACUCUACCCAUGUGUGUGUGAAAAAGGGACGGAUAAUGGAUUGUUUAUUCGGUGCUCAAAUGCUGGUUUAGCUGUUAUGAGUGUUGGUCUGGGAAAUUUGGCUGGAUUAGGUUUUCCAAUUGAACAACUAGUGUUAGAAGAAUGUAAAAUAUCGAAUCUUUUCGGGCCCCUACUCCAUAGAUCGUCAGUUCGAAUCCUGUACAUAAAAGAUACGCCCCUCAAGACCAUAGAUGAGUAUGCCUUCGCGGGGGUAAAUAGGACGCUACAGGAAUUGUACUUGCAGAACACAGUCAUUGAAGAAUUCCCUAAAAAUGCCUUUCAGAUCCUAGGCAACUUAUCAGUGCUAUCAAUAGACGGACACAGAAUUAAGUCUCUCGGCAAAGACAUCUUCGCCGGCAGUCUCGCGGCGGGGAAGUUGGAGAAGGUUCAUCUUGCUAAUGGAUUGAUAUCUGACAUUUCACCAGAUGCUUUCCAAAACUUAAAGAAGCUACGUACUUUAGACUUACACGGCAACCGCUUGGUUUCGUUGAAGAGGAGUCAGUUCAAAGGAUUAAGAGAGACGGAAGUGUUAGACUUAAGUUACAAUAACCUAACAAAAUUGGACGGCAGUCACAUAGGAGACCUGACUAAGCUAGGAUGGUGCAACGCAAGUCAUAAUAAUUUACCAGAUAUCCCCAGAGGUAUGUUCGCAAGAAACACGUUGAUAAAAGUAGUGCACUUGGACAACAAUAAAAUCAAGAAGUUGGAUACGAACAGCUUUCGGGGAAUGAGAUUUUUAAGGCGCCUGUACCUUCAAGACAACCAGAUAUCGGACGUGGGCCAUGGGACAUUUUCCGCCGUCACACGGAUCGGGACUAUCGACUUGGCGAGAAACCUGAUCACUAAAGUAGACUACCAAAUGUUUCAGCAAGUUAAAUACGCUGAGAUAGUAAAUCUAGCAGAAAACAAGAUAAAACUUAUAGAAAAGCAGGCUUUCACCGACCUGUAUCUCGCGACCGUGAAUAUAUCUCACAAUGAACUGUCGAGCAUCGAACCUGGAGCGUUCCAGAACUGCAACAACAUGACCCUGCUGGACCUCAGUUACAAUAAUCUUACGGAAAUACAUCGGCAAGCAUUCGACGAGAACACAUAUGCGUCGGAGUUCCAGGUUUCAUAUAACUUCUUUACGGAUUUGGGACAGAUCCCAAUCCAAAAUAUGACGGGCAUCCGCGUGCUCAACGCGUCCCACAACGCGAUUGAGAUAAUCCCAAAGUUGGCGUUUCCCAAACUGUAUGAGCUUCACACCGUGGACGUGUCUCACAACAACUUGACGGAGAUAUCCAACGCUGUCUUCCAGAAUUUGUUCUCGUUACGAUACCUCAACAUUAGUCACAACUCCCUCGAACAAAUAAAGCCGGCGACUUUCGGAACAAUACCCACAGUGCUCGAGCUCGAUCUGUCGCACAACAAGUUGCUCGACGUGUCGAGGGGAUCCUUAGCUAAGUUGGCUAGUUGUCGUUCACUCGACAUCAGUCAUAAUUUCUUGGAGAAAAUAUUCCAGAUCCCUAUCAGUUUGGGCGAACUAAACAUGGCGUACAACAAUUUGAGCGAAAUCCGAAUUAACACUUGGCCGGUUAUGAACGCACUACUCCGUCUCAACUUGUCCCACAACAUGUUAGGCGACCGGUUGACCCAUGAUUCGUUUCCUGGUCUCUUAACGCUCCAGUCGCUAGAUCUAUCGGCCAACGGGUUGACUAGAUCGCCGUGGGAGGCGCUCAAUACUAUGACGAGUUUGCAAUAUCUUUAUUUGCAACACAACGAACUAACUUCCCUAUCAAAGGCCGCGUUUGGUAACCUCCCUACAACAUUCCAACUCGACUUGUCGUACAACAAGUUGGCCAACAUCGAACAGCGCUCGUUUGCCGGGAUGCAGCAGUUGCUGGAUUUGUCGUUGCGUGGUAAUCUCUUAGAGAAAAUACCGAAUGAGGCGUUCAAGGGACUUGUUGCCUUAAGAAAACUGGACUUGUCAUACAAUAGUUUGGAGAAAAUCGACAACAAAACGAACGGCUUAUUAGAUGACUGCUUGUCGCUUGAGAUGGUGAAUUUAAGCCAUAAUCGCAUUGGCUUCCUCACGAAGAAGAUGUUCCCCGCCAACCCCUGGAUACCAUACAGACUGAUGGAAAUCGACCUGAGUUACAACGAGAUACCGGUCGUCACGUUCGACUUGACGAUAGGCUCGAAGAAAGUGAGGAAGCUCAAUUUAGCCGGAAAUCACAUCAAUGACAUUAGAAGUAACGUGUUGGGGAAUCUGACUUCCUUGGAGGUUCUCGAUCUAUCCAAUAAUGAUAUCAAAGAUUUGGUGUCCAGGACUGCGGAAUCGAAACUGCAACUACCGGAAAACUUGACGCAUCUCUACGUCCAGAACAACUCGCUGGAAGUUCUGCCCAUAGACAAUAUUGUUAAGUCGAAACGCUUGAAAGUACUUGACGUCCGCCAUAAUGUGCUCACGAGUUUUUACCCAGAGCUGAUGAAGAAGAUUAUGGAACAAGGGUUGGAAGUUUAUUUUGAAGACAACAAAUUAAAAUGUGACUGUUUCACGCGGCCAUUGAAGCACUACUUAAACAAAUUACCAAAAUCGUCGCUAACUAAAGAUACUAAAUACAAUAAUAUAAGUUGCGCGGAGCCGCCAUCUCUGGUGGACGCAAACUUUAUGAGUGUAGACGAGGAGAGAUUAUUGUGCGCUGGCAACAUCGAACUGCAGGAGAAAAUGAAGGAAUAUGGCAACAACGAGUACAUGUUCACCAGCGAACCGGACUUGGCUUUCAGGGAUAUACAAUACUCUCAACCGUCAAUAUACGUUCAUUGGUUCAUCCUAAGCGCGGAAGAUGUCGCCGACUUCUACCUCUUCAUACGGGAUCAAAACAACACCCUGUACUAUACCAACGACGUCGCGUACAACCUCCGCUCCCUGACAGUUCCUGUCAGUGACAACUUCAAAACGUCACUUCUCAGCGGCGGGAAACUUGACAUCUGCAUCCAGGCUAAAACGUCAAGCGGUUUCGCGCGCAAAUGGUUCGACAGCCAGUGUCAGAGCGUGCCUUCGAAUUUCGAAUCGUGGCCGAAGAAGUUGAACGUGGAUAAAAGGAGGUUGAGCAAGAAGAAGGUCCGUUAUAGUUUCUUCUCGAACAACGUGCUGGGCUUGGUCAGCGAUUCGAUUUUGAUUACUCUGUGUAUAUUCUUGGGCGUUUGCUUUAGACGAAUGGCGGAUCUUGAAUUAUGA